AGAAAGCCUUUAAUGUAAGCGUGGCUAUGGAAAUGGCUUCAAAGGAGGCUCAACAACUGAACAUUACGAGCAGAAUAGACCAAGUGGCAAGUACCCAAAGCAAUGUUGCUGGUCCCUGUUUUAGGUGCGGUAAAACAGGGCACCUUUCCUCCACCUGCUGGUGCAAAGAAAUGAACUGUCAUCAUUGUGGGAAGAAGGGUCAUGUUGAGCGUGCCUGUCGGAAAAAAACAAGCACUGACAAAGAUAAGGAAAUGAAUGACAAGAAGAAAACAAAGAAAUAUGUCAACGCGGUAGAGAGUGCCUCUACUUCCGAAGAUGAAAGUGACGUGCACACCGUGCAUGUAAUGAGCGUGGACGGGAAGUCAGGGUGUUACUGGGUCACACCAAAGUUAGAGGGUCACCCAGUCAAAAUGCAAAUAGAUACUGGAUCACAGGCAUCGCUUGUGCCUUACCAAGUCUAUAUACAGUGUUUGAGACACCUUCCAUUAAGACCGUCAGACACUGUGUUCAAAGCGUACACUGGACACAAAGUGCACAUGAAAGGAAUGACUGACAUUACUGUGCAAUGCAAGGAUCAAACUGCUAAACUUCCAGUGUAUGUCACAAAAGGGAAUUUUGCUUCCAUAAUGGGACGACUGUGGAUUAAUGCACUUCGUGUAAAUUGGGUAGAAGUUCGGCAGCUGUCAGACGGUUCUUCACAACUACAAGUCAUACUGGACAAGAAUGAAGAGGUUUUCCGUGAGGAAUUGGGCAGCAUGAAGGACAUUACAGUGAAAUUGCACAUUAAACCAGGAAGCAAACCUGGGUUUAUGAAGGCUAGGACAGUGCCGUAUGCUAUUCGUGACAAAGUCGAGGCUGACCUGGAUGCGUUAGUCAAAAGUGGGGUUUUGGAACCAGUCACCACCAGCGAAUGGGCGACACCAAUUGUGCCGGUUCUGAAAAAGAAUGGCGGGAUUCGCACAUGUGGUGAUUUUAAAGUGACUUUGAAUCCGGUGCUUUGUGUGGAGCAGUACCCACUUCCAUUGAUGAUUUGUUUGCAGGUCUGAGCGGUGGUCAAAAAUUCAGCAAAAUUGACCUCAACCAAGCUUAUCUGCAGAUGCAUGUGGAUGAAGAAUCACGGGAGUGGCUGACAAUUAACACGCACAAGGGACUUUUCAGAUAUUGCAGAUUACCUUUUGGCAUCACAUCUGCUCCUGCUCUGUUCUGCUUCUGUUGCCAGAAGAUUCGCAACAAUACACCUGCAGCCCCACUUCAUCCUUGGGAUUUUCCUCAGGACCCUUGGCAUCGCAUUCAUAUUGACUUUGCGGGGCCUUUUGAAAAUCGAAUGUUUCUGGUUGCUAUCGAUGCCCAUAGUAAGUGGCCAGAGGUCGCUAUCAUGAAAUCAACCACAUCGGAAAAGGCAAUUGAGAAGUUAGGGGAGAUGUUUAGUCGUUUCGGAGCCCCUGCACAACUUGUCUCAGACAAUGGGCCCCAAUUUGUGUCAAAAGAAAUGGUUGAAUUCCUGCAAGCCAAUGGGGUUCAACACAUUAAGGCGGCUCCCUAUCACCCGGCAACCAACGGCCUGGCAGAGAGGUUUGUGCAGACCCUCAAACAUGCUCUCAAAGCAUCACAAGGGCAAAGUACACUCCAUCAGAGACUACACGAAUUUCUCCUCAAAUACCGAACAUCUGUGCAUGCAACUACCAAAGUAUCGCCAGCGAGCCUCAUGUUUUCUCGAGAGAUACGAACUGGCAUGGAUCUUCUGAAACCACCAACCCUGAGUGAGAUUGUUCAAAUGGAUCAACGGAAGCAAGUCAAGUACAGAGACCUGCAUUCCAAGAACCGAGUUUUUGCACCUGGUGACUCUGUUAUGGCCCGGAGUUACCAGAUUAAGGAAAAGUGGGCCCCUGCCACCAUCAUUGCUCAAACCGGGCCUGUUUCCUACACCAUUCAGACAGCUGAUGGUGUUUGGCGUCACCAUGUGGAUCAAUUGUUGGGAACAUCAGACACUACUCCAGAACUGUCUAUUGAUUGUGAUGAUGCUAGCAGUGUAAUUAUACCAGAAAUGUCUAGCUUACCGAAUGUGCCAAAAAUACCAGAAAUGUCUAGCUUACCGGAUGUGUCAAACCCAAACAAUCCUGCUGUAAUUGUGUCUAAUUCAACCAAUGCACAAACGGAACCUGAAACGGUAUCGGAACCUGUUUCCACAAGUGGGAAAUCGGAAGUGACUGUUGAACGUUGUUAUCCUGCAUGCGACAGGCGACCGCCUGAUAGAUUGGAUUUAUAAGUAAUGAGGGGAAAACAGGAGGUAUUUUUGUGUUUAUUUCUGGGACAUGUUAUAUAAGGGGGGAGGAGAUGUGACAUAUUUAUGUCACACUGCUGUUGCCAUAGUGUGCACUCCUGUGGGUGUGGUAUCGCAGUUCGUGGGUCUUCGAGGUUGUAGGCUCGUCAGAUGCCCUUUUCGCCGUAAAAAUAUCCUUUUCGCCUUAAAAGUAUCUCCAAAGACGUCUGUUUUCCAGUUAUCUUCGCUCGUGUCGGGGCUAAUUAUUUCCGGGAACAAAUGUGCUGCGCCCGCGGCCUAGUAAUACGUUAUUAUCGAGGACAAGCGCACAUAGAUAUAUUAUAUACACAAACAAGAUGUACUGUUAGCAGUCCAAUCAAUGGACUUGCAUGACGACAUUGUAAUCUAUCCUGUAGUAUUAUAUCUAGAGUAGACAGAGAUAUUGGUGUGUUAAGCAGGGGCACAGGGUUAAUUCGGCCAGAAUGCGGUCGUUAUUAAAUUAUUAUUUCUGUGCGGCCCGGUAACAAAUGCGACACGGACCGGUACCGGACCGCGGCCCGGCAGAUGGGGACCCCUGGUCUAAGAAGGUCCAAAAGAACUGUUAUAGCUCCAAAGAGGUUGAUUGAACAAAUUUAUUGUUUAGUCUCUUAGUAAUUGUUGUGUUUGUAAAAAAAAAAAAAAAAAAUGUUGUUGGGGAAGAUGUGACAUAGUGGUAUUCUAUGUUAUGUUGUUCUAUGUUGUGGCACUGUUGGAUCCAUGCUGCUGUAUUGUCAUAUCUAUGUUGUGAUUGUCUAUGAGCGAGAGGGCCACUAAAGCUAGAAAAAGAGCGCCCCUGUAGGUUCACUAUCCUCUUCCCCUCACUAUCCACUCGCUCUCGCUAUAUGAUUGGCCGAAGAGUCGAAAUGCUCUCCCGUGAUUGGCCGAAGAGUCGAAAUGCUGUCCCGUGAAAUGCCUGUUUAAAAAUGUUCCCGUUGUUACUUCUUGCGUUCGCUUAAAAGUGCUCAUUUAAAAAGGAAAAUCGAUGGAUGAUACUACACACAGAGCGUAUUAUUAACAAAUGCUAAAGUUGUAUAUUCAUAUAGCGAGAAUAAGGAACGUCACUGACAAGCGCAGGCCCCCGCGAGUGGAUAGUGAGGGGAAUAGGAUAUUGCGCCUACACCGCAUCAUAGCCGGACUGUCGGCAUUUAAUUUAUUUAAAUUUCAUUUAAGAUAAAACAAAAUCAUGGCUUUGUUCUGAAUAAAAAUGUCAACAUGUUUAGGCCGUGGAGGCCAUCAUCAACAAAGAGACUCUCCUUCAGACUACAUCUUAACAUUAGUAAACAGUUGCAAGAUCAGAAUGGCCAGGUGGAAUCUCUUCAUCUGAUUGGGGUGAGCAGGCAGGUCAACUAGGAGCAGCAGAGAGAAGAAAAAUCCUAACAGCAGAACAUCACAAGCAGAAGAGAAUUUUUUUUAAAUUUUCAGAGUAUAACGAUAAAACAAAAUACCAAGGACCAAGAAAAAAGUUGCAAUUGCGUUGCUAUAGUUGUGAAUGAUUGAAUGCCCAUUUCCCUGGAAGAUGGAUGUGUUGUCGUCGUUCGCACGAGUGGCCAGCCUGUAGUCAAAACUUGUGACUUUUUUCUUUGGUGGUAAGUACAAGUCCCUACUCAAGCAAACCAAUGACUUUGGAGGAACUUGAAUACUUGAAGUCAUUACUUUCAUCCCACAAGAGUUUUUUGUGAAAUCAGUUCAUGCGGUUCCCGGUCAUGGGUGAUAAAUUCUGGUGCCCGUAUCGUGUUUUAAAUAAAACAACAGACCUGAAAAGAAAAUGAAAACAAUGAUUUCAUUGCCAUACAUCAAGCAGCAUACACAAAAAAAAUACAAAAAUGUUACAACAUUUAAAUAAAUAUAAAAUCUUAAAACAGGAGUUACUUUUCAAUCACCCCAUAUUGUUUGUACAUUUGCAAACGUUUUGUUGUACACUUGUUUUGCACUGUGUGUUGUUGUGCCAUAUCUGUGUAUCAAAGUACUAGAAGUACACUUUUCGU